AUGACUUGGGAGAACCACACAUUGUUCAUGGAGUUUGUGUUCCUUGCCUAUCCAAAACGCCCAGUACUACGCAUGCUCUGCUUCAUUGGAGUCAGCCUUGCUUAUGGGUUAAUAAUCUCUGGGAAUAUCCUUAUUGUGGUCUCCAUAAAGACUGAAAUCCGUCUACAUACACCCAUGUACUAUUUCUUGGGCAGCCUCUCAGGGAUAGAACUGUGCUACACUGCAGUGGUGGUACCACACAUUUUGGCCAACACCUUUCAGUCUGAGAAGACUAUUACUCUACUGAGCUGUGCCACUCAGAUGGUUUUCCUCAUUGGGCUUGGUAGUGCUGAUUGCUUCCUCCUGGCUAUCAUGGCCUAUGACAGAUAUUUUGCCAUCUGUCAUCCCUUGCAGUACCCUCUCAUCAUGACUGUAACUCUUUGCGUUCGCUUGGUUGUGGCUUCUGUGGUCAUUGGUUUAUUCCUGUCCUUACAGCUUGUGGUCUUCAUCUUCUGUCUGCCAUUCUGUCAGGAUAGAGGAAUAGAGCACUUCUUUUGUGAUGCUCCACCAAUGAUGCGUCUUGUGUGUGCCACAAGUCAUAUCCAUGAGCUCUCUGUGCUAGUGGCAGCCACGCUAGCCAUUGCCGUGCCUUUCUUUUUCAUUGCCACUACCUAUGUUUUGAUUGUGGCUGCUGUGCUUAAACUGCACUCAGCAGCUGGCCGUCACAGGGCCUUCAACACAUGUUCUUCUCACCUCACUGUGGUGUUGUUGCAGUAUGGCUGCUGUGCAUUCAUGUACCUGCGCCCCGUCUCCAGCUACCAUCCCAAGCAAGAUAAGUUCAUCUCCCUGGUAUACAUACUGGGGACGCCAUUCCUCAAUCCCCUCAUCUACACUUUGAGGAACAAUGAGAUGAAAGGGGCCAUAGCUAAAGUUCUAACCAGAAAGUAUCUCUCCUGGAAAAUUAUAGGAUAG